AUGAUUGUUGGUGUUAAUGGAGGGGGAAAGAUAACGUCUCUUGGUCUAGUGAAAAUACUGAAGAAGUAUGACAAGAGAACAGGAGCACUUAUCAGGCAGCCCUUCAUCGAAAAGGUGCUGCAGCAGCCAUUCUUUACAACUGAUCUCCUAUACAAACUCAUGAAGGAGUGUGUGGCUAUGCUCGACCACCUCUUCCCCAGCAACAACCUGUCAAUUUCUGCAGAAUGCGACGGACAAAAUGGAGUGCCAAAGCUGGCACAAUCAAGUGAGAGGGUUCCAGAGUUGGAGGAGAUUAAAUAUAUGCAGAGCUUAUACAUGAAGAGCAUCGUAGCAGCGCUGCGGUCCUUGAAACAGAUUAGGAGCAAAAGUUCAAUAGUCAAAACAGAUUAG